UGCACACACCCUGUUUUUGAUGUGCGGUUGUAUGGCUUUUUGGAAACCACAUGUUUUUCAAAGAAGUUCAUUGAAAAAAACAACCUGAAAUUUUGCUGUGCUAGCUUUGCAAGCUUAAUCAUUAUCAGCUGUUGUAGGCUUUGAGCCUCAUUCUGCCACUUGGAAAGGAAGACAGGUUGGAUGAUACAUGUACAAUCAUUGAAGACACUAGCACGUUUCCAACCAUGGAGACACCGGCUGUUGAACCAGCUGGACAGGAUGCACAAUCCAAAGGAGAAGCAUCACCUCAGCAGACCUCAAGUCAGUCUCAACAAGAUGAACAUCCACCACAAGGUGCAUCUGGCCACCAACCAACAGCUGAGGAUAAGAACUGUGGGAAGAGAGUUACUUCUGGGAAGAAGGGAAGCAAAAUGGGUACUCGCUCCAAGUCAGGGAUUCAGGCCAUGAAGCAGAAAGGCAGAGAGGCUGUUAAACGAAGCGGAAAUGAAGACGAUCUCGCUGCACAGAUUGCUGGAAUGACAAUUUCAGAUGCACCAAAGGCUAUUCCACAAGGGACUGGCCUGGUGUAUGAUGAGCGUUUAACCCAACAUGCAUGCCCCUUUAAUAGUAAUCAUUUUCAAAGUGAAAAUGGCGAGCGAAUUUUACAAUGUCACAAACGACUUCAACACUACAACCUUCUUGAAAGGUGCACUAGAGUGCCAGUCCGUUUAGCUUCUGAUGAGGAAGUUCUUUCAAAGCACAGUUUGGAAUACUUGGAGAGUGUGAAAUCUACUCGGACCAUGUCAGAGAUUGAGCUGAAAGAUUGGGCCAACCAGGUUUCCGACAUCUUUGUCAACAAUCAUUCGUAUGAAUGUGCGGCGCUAGCAGUUGGUGGAAUGCUGGAUCUGACAGAAAAAGUGGUCAAAGGAGAGCUUCGCAAUGGUUUUGCUAUUGUUCGGCCGCCUGGUCAUCACGCUACAAGGAGUAAAGCCGAUGGGUAUAGUCUUUUUAACACUGUGGCUAUUACAGCUCAGACUGCAAAGCAUCAAUGGAACUGUGAAAGGGUACUGAUUGUUGACUGGGAUGUUCACCAUGGACAGGGAGUGCAGUACCACUUUGAAGAUGACCCAAGUGUAUUAUACUUUUCCAUUCAUCGGUACGAACAUCAGGAGUUCUGGCCUUGUCUAAAAGAUUCCGACUGUGAUGCCGUUGGAAAGGGGAAAGGUGUUGGCUUCAACAUCAAUGUUCCCUGGAAUGAGAUUGGAUUAGGAGACAGUGAGUACCUGGCUGCCUUUCAGCAGAUACUCCUGCCAGUGGCAUAUGAGUUCAAUCCACAUUUGGUUCUUGUCUGCUGUGGGUUUGAUGCAGCAACUGGGGACCCAAAGGGUGAAAUGCAAGUGACCCCAGCAGGAUUUGCUCAUCUCACACAUGCUCUGAUGGGGCUAGCUGAUGGGAAAGUGGUUUUAGCCCUUGAGGGUGGAUACAAUUUGAAGGUGAUUGGUGAGUGUGCUGCUAUGUGUACACAGACAUUGCUGGGGGAUCCCUGCCCAGUGCUUCCAAAAACCACUGAACCAAGCAAGAGUGCUGUCGAAUCCAUUUUUAAUGUGAUUAAAAAUAUCAGACCUUAUUGGAGUAGCUUGAAGUACCAAGUUGACCCAGAGUGUUUACAAAGUGAGGUUGUGUCAAGUUCCAGUUUAAACCAGCCCCUCCUCCGAGAUGACCAAAGUAAAACUACCAAGGGUCCAGAGCCUGAAGAGAUUGACAAGUUGAUUGACAAGUUGAUAGCGGAAAUAGACUUGACCGUCCCCAAAAACAGGACCUGUCUCGUAUAUGAUGAGGAAAUGAUGAGGCAUAAGACAGCUUUCCAACACCCGGAGAGACCAGACAGAAUAGCCAGGAUUUUCUCAAAACACAAAGAAUUGGGCCUUGUCCAAAGGUGUCUAAGAGUUGAGUCAAGACGAGCAACUAAAAAUGAACUUCACCAAUGCCAUAGUGCUAAGCACAUAGAGAGACUAGAAGCGAUGCAGUCAAACACACCUCGAGAACUCAACAAGAUGCAAGAUGACUUCAAAUCUAUCUACCUACACCAGAGUUCUUUUGACUGUGCACGUCUUGCCGCUGGUUCCACGCUGAAUGUUGUCGACACUGUUCUCUCUGGCCAGGCAAGAAAUGGAGUGGCCAUUGUUCGGCCGCCUGGUCAUCAUGCAGAAUCUCACACUGCGAUGGGAUUUUGUUUCUUCAACACAGUAGCUUUAGCAGCACGCUACGCCCAGCAAAAGCAUGGACUUAAUAGGGUGUUGAUCCUCGACUGGGACGUCCACCAUGGUAAUGGUACCCAGCACAUGUUUGAAAACGACCCCAGCGUUCUGUAUGUGUCUUUGCAUCGCUAUGAGAAUGGUUUGUUCUUCCCUAGUUCUCCGGAUGCCGAACCAAAUAAGGCUGGUGAGGGAGCUGGUGAGGGGUUUAACGUCAAUAUUGGAUGGAAUGUGGAUGUAAUGGGAGAUGCAGAAUACCUAGCAGCCUUUAUGCAAGUUGUCAUGCCGAUAGCAUAUGAGUUCUGUCCUGAUUUGGUGUUGGUGUCUGCUGGUUUCGAUGCGGCAUAUGGUGAUCCACUGGGAGGAUACAAGGUAACACCAGAGGGCUAUGCCCAUAUGACACACAUGCUGUGUAGUCUCGCAAAAGGAAAGGUGAUCGUUGUUCUAGAGGGUGGAUACAAUCUGAACUCUAUAUCCCUAUCCAUGGCUAUGUGUACAAGGAUCCUUCUUGGUGAUCCCUGCCCGGCCAUCGACUCAGGGCUCCCUAGUCACAAUGCUGUCAAAUCUAUCUUGGAAACCCUUCAUGUUCAUCGGAAAUACUGGAAAAGCCUAAAAUAUCAAGUUAACCUACCAAGUCUACCUCCCUGGGAACCAGUUGAAGUGACGAGCACAGAAUCUGAGACCAAGUGUCUAUCAUCCAAACUAUCAGAAGACGUAGGAGCUGGUGAUUAUGAGGUAUCCACCACUUUAGGAACGUCUCCGAGUGAUGCUACUCCCAAGCAGAGUGCUACCGAAGAAUCUCCCGUCACGGACCCUUCCCCAGUGUCCACCGUGGGUGAACCUGUCACAGGAAGUGAUGAAAGCCAGAAUCUUGAGACAUUAGGCGCAGCCGCCAGUGGAGCGGAGGCGGGGGCAAUGGCCGCGGGUGGGAAGCCGGCCACAAUCGUAGAACUUUUCGGACCGGAGGCACAGUUACAUGCUGUAGUGCCCUUAACCUGGUGCCCGCACCUAGAUAGUCAUGUCUUACCAAACCCACCUUCAAUGCCUAUAAGUUCCAGCGACCCGUGUAUAGAAUGCCAGGAUACCAGCGAAAAUUGGGUAUGUCUGCACUGCUACAAGGUCCUGUGUGGUCGUUAUGUCAACGAGCAUAUGCUCUUCCACAGCAUAGCUACAUCGCACCUUAUGGUACUGAGCUAUGCAGAUUUAUCAGUGUGGUGCUACGGAUGCGAUUCCUAUGUGCACAACGAGAUUGUUUUUCCAGCGAAGAGGGCAGCACACAUCAGUAAAUUUGGCUGCGAUGUCCCUGGCAUGUGAUUGUUACCCUACCAGUCUUCGCAAGUCCGUAAACUCUGCUGCAUGCCAGUUCAAGGUACAUGUAUUUGAAAAAAGACCUCGUGGUGUUGUGACCACAACUAAGGUUAAGGAAAAGUUAUAUAAGUCACUGCUUUGCCCACAUAAAUCAGAGUACGAAUGAACAAUUUUCUGACGACGGAGUAUACUGUCUGAAAUUUCGACGGCAAGAGCGUGGCCUACUGUCCAAAACGAUGGGUCCAAUCGACGGUUCUUUUCGGAACAACAAUUACCCGAAAGAGAUAUUAACCAACAUAGUGUUACCCACUUUCUUACGUUAAUGAAAAGGGUCACUUCAAAGAAUCGUAACAAGUUCUUGAAACUGCCUUUUAUUCCAACCUUAUUAACUUAUCUGCCGUUCAUUUGGCAAUUCUAAGGGACUACACUAUUAUAUGAUUGACCCAAUAGUCACUUAAUAUCAUCACCGACGACAAAUCUUUGUAGUCAUUUGUGGAGUUCGAUUUGUGGAUUAAUUUGUUGAGUUCGUUUGGCGGUUUGGGGGGCGAUGUACGUGCACACAAUGUUUACAUACAACAAGCUGACCAACUAUACCGUGACGUCGGUGCAUGAUUUUAAUCGGGCUCAGUACAUGUCGUAACUAGAUCGCAAACUGCGUAUCCACAGAGGCGCCUGCACGAUUUAAAGUUAGAAUUGUUGGUUUUAUAUUAUUUAAAUUUUCGGAGUUAAACAAUAUUAAUAAUGGGUUGGGUUUUGUCUGUUCUGUUUUAUAUCAGGCCUAUGCGAGAAUUUACUUGUCAAAGUAAAUCGUAUUAUAUUAAUUAUUUUAUUUUACUUUUGAUAUGAUAGAAUAGCGUUUGUCAUAAUUUACAUUUAUUAGUCUGUAAGAUUUAAUAUUUGACUCGUCUUGUACAAAGUGUCGGUGUAGAUUUUGGCCACACUACUGCUGCAAACAAACUGUUGGCACAGUUCAUUUAGGUAAAUGUUGAAUUGACAUUGCUUGAAGUUCUUCGUCAGGGUGGGAACGUGUAAAGAGGCGCACAACUUAUCCUGCGGAACUGAAUUUAGGUGGCAUGUGAUAUUCAAACUGACUGACUCUGUAGUGGUGUUUGUAUAUGCCUACAAGAAAAUAUAGAUAUCUAUAAUGAUAAUUAUCAGUUAAUCAACUAAAUUAUUAUAUAUGUAUAUUUAUUUGUAUGUAGAUUAGUUAUAACAUUAUGAUUUAAUACUAACAUGAAUAUUGAUUUUCCUCUCAGGUUCAAAUGUUUAACGCACUGAUUCCCUUAAAGUUGCAGCGUGUAUGAAUUUAUACUGCGUUUCCGUUGUAUGUGUUUUUAGUUGUUUGUUUGUUUGUUUGUAGGAGUGUUUGUUUUUUGUAUUGCUGUAUUUAGUUGUUACAUGUUAUAUUACUUUGUUUUCCUUUUUGUUUUGGUUUUUGAAGAGUAUAUGAUUAUCAAAUCCUUUGUUUAUAGACACAAUGGAGCAUGCUGCGUGUCGUGCGAAUUAUUUUAAGAAAACGGUUUCUUUACUAUGUUCUUUAUAUGUAUAAACAUUGAUAACAUUGCGGGCUUACUAAUAAAGGUGCAAGAUUGUCAA